AUGAAACACCCUCAUAGUAAAAAAUUUGCGAAAGUAAGAAAUUAUCAAUCUCAACAACAGGCAUUCUUAAUUGGAUUAUUAAAUGACCAAUGUGAUAUAGUGUUUCAAAAACCAUUCAAAAUUAGUAAAAAAACAUUACAAUUUUUAACAAUUAAAUUAAUAUUAUUCCCAAAACAAGAUGAAAUUAAUUUUUCAUCUCUUGUUAAACAAAAAUGCGAAUCGAUUCUCUCAUUAGAAAUGAAAAAAGGUUUAGAACAUAAAACAGCAAUUAGGAGAUUUGAAAAUAAUAAACACACAAUUGGACUUGAUCUUCUUAGAGAUAUUUUAGAAGCAUUUGGUUAUUUCUUUAAUACAAAGAAAAGUAGUGGAAAGAAAGGAACUUUGAUAAUGGAAAAUAUUUAUGAAGUUUUUCAUAAUGAUGUGUUUAUAUUUUCUCAAAGAGACAUUAUCACUAAAGGAGAAAUGAUAAAUAAAUACUUAACUAAUAUCAUUAGACACUCUGUAGAUUUUACUCUUCCUAAAAAUUGUAAUGUAAUUAAUAACAUUAUGUGUCAUAUAUAA